UCGUGGUGAGGAGCCGCGGCGUCGAAUGGAGGUGCCAGCCAGCCAUUGAGGGGGGAGGACGACGGUGUUGGCGCUGCGCUUGCCGAGCGGAGAAAGGUGACAGGAUGCUGUCUAAGUUGGGGGGAGGCAGCUCGAUGGCGGUGGGCACGUCCGCGUUUUCCCCAAGUGGGCGAGAUCUCUACCUGCUUGGUGGAAGCCAUGCGGCGGCAGCGCCGUGUUUCCGCGGCUUCGCGGCGGCCAGCGCCAUCAUGGAGUCCUCUCUCUGUCAACCCCUGAACACGCCGGCUAUGGCGCCGUUCAUCGCUUCACCCAAGGAAGGGAAAGCUAAGGACAUGAGCGCCGCCCAGUCCUUCGUCAUCGACUUGUUGGCGGGUGGGGUGUCCGGUGGAAUUUCCAAGACUGCCGUCGCGCCGAUCGAGCGUGUGAAGCUGUUGCUCCAGACGCAGGGCAGCAACAAGCAGCUCUCGCCCGACAAAAGGUACACUGGAAUCGUUAACUGUUUCUCGAGGGUGGGGGCGGAGCAAGGAGUCCUCUCUUUCUGGCGGGGUAAUCUCGCAAAUGUCAUUAGGUAUUUCCCCACGCAGGCCCUGAACUUCGCCUUCAAGGACAAGUACAAGCAGAUCCUCUGCCCUUACGAUCCUAAGAAGGAGUUUUGGAAAUUUUUCGGUGGAAAUCUGGCGUCGGGCGGGGCGGCCGGCGCCACUUCGUUGCUCUUCGUCUAUCCUCUUGACUUCGCUCGUACCCGCCUUGCUACGGAUGUUGGAAAAGGCGCGGAUCGGCAAUUUUCGGGCCUAGGGAACUGCCUGUCGACCAUCUAUCGAAGUGAUGGGUUGAAGGGACUGUACCGAGGAUUUGGUGUGUCGGUGCAAGGUAUCAUUGUGUACCGCGCAGCGUUUUUCGGAGGCUUCGACACAGCCAAAAGCGUUUUCCUCAAGGAUCCAAACAACGCGCCAGUGUGGAAGAAGUGGGCGAUCGCACAGGCUGUCACAGCUGGCGCCGGCAUGGUGCCGUAUCCGUUCGAUACGGUGCGGCGGCGGAUGAUGAUGCAGUCGGGAUCGGGGGAGCAGAUGUACUCCGGUGCGAUCGACUGCAUGAAGAAGAUCAUGAAGAAUGAGGGACCGAAGGCUUUCUUCAAGGGAGCGUUGUCGAAUGUCCUCCGUGGCGCUGGUGGGGCGCUCGUGCUUGUUCUUUACGACGAGAUUCAGAAGUCAGUACGGGCUGGAUAGUGGCAUAGAUAGCGGAAAAAAAAAAAACAAAAAAAAAGGGGGAAAAGAACUCCCCGGGAAAUGGGGGAACGCGCGGGCGAAGAGGUGAGGGGUGAGAGAGAGAGAGAGAGAGAGAGAGAGAGAGAGAGAGAGAGAGAGAGAGAGAGAGAGAGAGAGAGAGAGAGAGAGAGAGAGGUUUAGCCUCGUUGACGUAGAAUAUAACACCGACGUACCUGUCAAUUUUGUUUCCCUCUUCCCACCCGUUUGUCCCAGGAGGGGUUCUCCUUUGCCUAGUUGAUUUGUGAGCCUCGCUAUUCCUUGUGGAAACUAGUUUUUCUGUGUCCCUGUUUUCUGCUGUCAAUUCUGAAGUCUCGCGAGCCUUCACAUCUUUAAGUAUUUCUUUCUUUGCUCAGUGAUGGAGGAACGCAAGCUCUUUUUUUCGUCCUCUCUUUUUUUUUUUUUUUUUUUUUUUUUGUACCGUUAACAAGCCUCCAACUCCUUGCCGGUUGAGGGUUGUCCCCUCUCAUUAGUCUCCUGUGGACUUUAUGGUAGUUGUGAUCCUUGCAGGGAUAAAAAAAAUGAUCUUCAUCUUCGCUCCUCUUGUCUCUGGAUUUGUACACGUCCGUUGCCAUCUGCCUUAUCUUCUGGCACAAAAUGAGAAAAUGAGAGUCGUUCUAUUUACUUCAGCGCUCGCUCCAUUGGGUCACACCUAUUCAUUCCGGGAGAGAGUUAGUCCUGCGCUUCUAGAUAAGACAAGGACACCCCUAUGCUUCUAGAUAGACAAGGACACCCCUGCGCUUCUAGAUAGACAAGGACACCCCUGCGCUUCUAGAUAGACAAGGACACCCCUGCGCUUCUAGAUAGACAAGGACACCCCUGCGCNCACCCCUGCGCUUCUAGAUAGACAAGGACACCCCUGCGCUUCUAGAUAGACAAGGACACCCCUGCGCUUCUAGAUAGACAAGGACACCCCUGCGCAACAGGGAAGGGAAGGUUACUUCGGCGGAUAGAACUCAGAUUCCCGAAAGGCAGAUUCUCGGAGUGUACUCGGCGAGUAAACGAUGCGCGGCAAUCAAUGGCUCUUGGCUGGUCUGUUGGUGUUCUUCGUUGUGUUGAGGAUAGAUUUCAUUUUUUCGUUUGGUUUUGUUGUGGCGCGUGUCCGUGAUAUAGGGUUUUCCUUCAUGCAAGAGUUUUGGGACGAAGAGGGCAGAGUAUGAGAGGAGGGUUUUCCUUCAAUGCAUGCGAGUGUUUGGGAGGAAGAAGGCAGAGUACGAGAGGAGGGUUUUCCCUCACACGAGAGUUCGGGACAAAGAGGGCAGAGUAUGAGAGGAGGAGGGUUUUACUUCAAUGCACGCGAGAGUUUGGGAAGAAAAUGGCAGAGGGUAUGGGAGGAGGGUUUUCCUUCAAUGCAUGCGAGAGUUCGGGAUGAAGAGGGCAGAGUAUGAUUGGCCCAAGCAGGGAGUUUCUCUAAUGCAGAUUAAUUAUAUCCAUUAUGGUUGAGAAUGGUGGGAGGAGAAGAGAGAGGAGCGUAGGGUGGGCUAGGAGUCGUUCCGGCGGUCCCUUCCUGCCCUCUAUGGAGACUCUCUGAUGUCACGUGCUUGGACUCCAUAUCGUUGGCCCUCUUUUUCUCAAUUACAGCAGGACUGUCAUUACGGCGAGACCUGCAUGAAUCCGACUGCAAUCACGUCCAGGGCUUUGUGGAAAAAAAAGUCCUAGUCUGAUUAUCCCCUUACUUUUUUGCUCCAGUCUUCUCGUGGGGAGCAGCACGUGCUUGCACGUGCUUACACGUG